AUGCGCUAUGCUUUAGUAUUGAUAGCUGCUGAGAAGGUUGUUGCAUUGCACAGCUUAAUUGGAAGCUUGCAUGCAAACGAUUCUGUGCAACUUUGCAUAUCUUCGAUGGCAUCAUCUAAGCUCAGUUGGUUACCUUUCGCCAGGGGCAAGCUGCAGGACAAAGCGCACGCUGUCCGAUUGUGUGCGGCUUGCUUGUUUCAGUCACAGUGUCCAAUGUCAACGAGCUGCCUCGCGGUCGAACCCUUUGACGUUUCCGGCUUUGAUCUGCACCGCAAAGCAAGAGCAAUUUCUCCGUUUGGGGGCAAUGAGUUCAGCACAGGAUCUUGA